ACCACUAGUUUAGAUGAUUGUUCAUGCCUUGGAGAAGCAUAUAAAGUGAAUAAUGAAGAAGAAGAAGAUUUCUGGAUACUAUUAGGACUAUGGUGCUGUCAGUAUCCCCAGACCCCAGUCACACUUUAUCAGACGAUGUUCUACUUCUUUAUGGGUGGAACAAUCUCUGUCUCUGUCAUCAGAGUGUAUGAAGUCAUUCUCUGUGAACACAACACCAUUGCAUGUGCUUCCAUGAUCACUCUGUGUGAGAUCAGUAAACACGUUUUGACAUAUUGUGCUUUAUGUUCCAUGGUUUUGUGCAUGAAUGAAUCAGGAAUGGAUCAAUAUGGCUUGCCAGUGCAGAGAACAGAGAUGAAGCAUAGAGGGAGAAAUGUUGUGUGGUCCGUUGGAAUGGAUAAGUGUCUGAUUGAAGCUUUGGCUGUCCAGGCGAAAAACGGGAACAAAAUCGACAGGUGCUUCAACGAGAACGCAUACACUGCUGCUUGUGUUGCGGUUAACACUCGUUUCAAUCUAAACCUGAAUAGCCAAAAGGUCAUCAAUCGCCUGAAGACAAUCAAGAAAAGGUACAGAGUAAUGAAAGACAUACUUAGCCGAGAUGGAUUCUGGUGGAACUCCAACACGAAAAGGAUCGAUUGUGAAAGUGAUGAGCUCUGGAAAAGAUAUAUUGCUGUAAACCCAGACGCGAAAGCAUUUAGGGGAAAGCAAAUUGAGAUGUACGAAGAACUUAGAAUAGUAUGCGGUGACUGUCAAGCUCCAGGUCGAUAUAACAAGGUGAAGACUGAAAGCAAUCAUCAUGUAAACGACUUCAAACACUUUGAAGAAGACUCUGUUUCAUUCUCUUCACCAAGCUCAGAAAACCACAGUGAUACAGAUGGAACAGAGUCCUACGCAGGGGCAGGUGAGUAUUUGCAUGAAGAGUCUCAGAAUCUUCCUCCUCCUCCUCCUCCUCAAAACCCUCUAAGGCAGCCUCAUAAGCGACCUCGACACGCAGACCCGUUCCGAGAAGCGAUGCUAACGGUUGCUUCUAGCAUUCGUCGCCUGGCCGAUGCGGUGGAUCAAAGCAAAAGCUCGAUCAGUACAGAGGAACUGUUGGAAGCAGUGAUGGAGAUUGAUGGAUUGGAAGAAGCGAAACAGAUGUAUGCGUUUGAGUAUCUGAAUGGUGAUCCAGUCAAAGCUAGAGCUUUCAUGGCUUACAAUAAUAGAAUGAGGAAGUUGUUUUUGUUCCGACAGUUUUGGUGGUGGAAACGACAACGAAAAAUGGCGAAAUCACUCCUUUGUUCUUCAACUUUAAACCCAUUCUUCUGCUCCACUAUCUCUUCACCAACUUCUUCGAAGAAGACCCAAAUUGCGUACUCUGGAAACAGCGAGAACCAGACAUCGUCUCUGUCAUGGAACAGACGAGAAUUGUCGCUUGGAUUUAUGGGCAGCUUUCUUGCGGUUGGUCUCGCCGGUAGUGACAGAAGAAGCCGCGACGCGAAUGCAGCGAUUCUUGAAGCUGAUGACGAUGAAGAGCUUCUGGAGAAAGUGAAGCAAGAUCGGAAAAAGAGGAUCGAGAGACAAGCUGUUCUUAAUUCUGCCGUCAAGGAGAAGGGGUAUUUGCAGGAUCUUGUUUACAAGUUAAGCAAAGUAGGGCAAGCCAUUGAGAAGAAUGAUCUACCAGCUGCUGGUUCUGUUUUGGGGAAAGGCACUGAUACCGAAUGGGUCAAAUCCGUUAAUUUGGCUUUCACAAAGUUGAGUUCAAGCCCAGAGGAGAAUACGGAGGUGGAAACAUUCAAUUCAUCUUUAGCUUCUCUUAUUACAUCAGUGAACAAGAACGAUAUAGAGUCAUCGAAGCUGGCUUUCGUUUCUUCAGCUAGUGCAUUUGAGAAAUGGACGAGCUUGACAGGUCUUUUGGGACAGCUUAAGGGAAUA